UAGCGGAGGACGGGAGAGGUUUCUUGGGACUGAAGUUUUACAGGAAAAAUGUUCUGCUAAACUCGAUGUUUUUCCCAGAAGCUGCAGUUAAAAGAUGUGAAGGCUGACUUUGACAAAAGUCAGCAAUGGGCCGAAACUCCCGUAUAUCGCCUUUCACACUUUUCAUGUUUCCAAGUUCCCUUUCUUCUUUUUUACAUUUUCCCAAAGGUAACUGAAAUCUUCCGAGGGAAUUAAAUGGGAUUAAAAAUCAUUUUAAGAGGACACUUUCACAGAACAGAGGCCGAGUCGAACGUGGUCAUCCUGCGGAAGGAAGGUAUCGAGGUUUGGGGGGUGUGCAGAACUCAAUGCCUCACAGGCUUGGGGAUUUUUUUGGGAUGCACAAGGGACCGACCCGUUUAUCCUUGAUGGAUUGUUGUAUGAUCACCAGCAAGGAAGAAUGAAGUAACCGUGAUGGAACCGGAAUCAGUCCCGGUCUCCAGACUCCAACCAGCUGCAGUCAGGGGGAGAGCCAUUUUCCUCUGUGCUGUUCUGUAUACCUUGUGUUACCUGGGAAUCACACAGGUAGUUUCUGAAGAUGUUGACAUCCUCCAAAGGCUGGGCCUCACAGGAAGGAAACCAACAGCAUCUUCUUCCUCAUCCCACUUUGCUCCACAGGGAGUCAUACCUUUCAGGUCUGGAAUUAUCCUUACCCAGAGGGCCCGCAUUGAAGCACCUGUCAACAACAUAAUUCCUGCUGCUUUUGGCACAAACGUUACCUUUAUCCUAAGCCUCUGCUCCCACCGUAUCAACAGUGCCUUCCUAUUCUCUGUGAAAAGCAAAAAGAAGAAACUGCAGCUUGGAGUGCAAUUUAUACCUGGCAAAAUUAUAGUUUAUAUAGGACAGAAGCAGUCUAUAUAUUUUGACUAUGACAUUCAUAAUGGCCAGUGGCAUAAUCUGGCCAUUGGCAUUCAAGGCCAAAAGGUCACAUUAUAUACUUCUUGUGGGAAGCGACAUGUACAUGCAGAUCUGCAUUUCAAAAAAGAUGAGAGUUUAGAUUCAGAAGGAUCUUUCCUUUUAGGGAAAAUGAACCAAAAUUCUGUUCAGUUUGAAGGGGCUAUUUGUCAAUUUGAUAUUUAUCCCUCUGCCAAGGCAGCUUAUAAUUAUUGUAAGUACAUUAAAAAGCAAUGCAGGCAAGCUGAUACCUACAGGCCUAAUCUCUCUCCUCUCAUUCCAGUUUUACCCAAAGAUCCAAAUGUCAGUGUCACAGUAAAAUCCCUUACAGAGGCCCCAGUAUGGAACCUUAACCUUACAAAAAGGACUGCUUCAUUAGGAAUGUCAGGGACAUCUGCAUAUGAAGCAGCAACUUUGCAAGUCAGGUUACUUGCACAGCAUCAGGGUACCACUGUGAUUUCUUUGAUUCAUCAGCAUUCAGGUUCAGUGACUCCUGCACUAUCCAAGACCCAAACCACAGCAACACCACUCAGAAUAAAUAACAUAGCAUCUAGAGGGAUGUUGGACUUAUUAGCCAUUUCUACAUUGAAGCCAAGCCUGCAAUAUGGUCACAGUUCUACUAUUAGCAAAAAAAGUGCAACUCAUGAAACCAAGUUAAAGAUCCACCAAAAAGGCCCAACAAAGAUGGUGACAGCCACACCAUCUCCUUCUAAGUUUAUGAAGAAAAAAGCAGAAAAUCAACCAAAUGAGACACACCCUGGGCCUCCCAAACAAACCUUGGAAAUCAUGGCAGAAGAGCAUCUGUCAAAGAAGCAGUCAGUCCUGCUGAAAAAUAAGUCAGACCCAAAAAUAAGAACUGCACCCACCACUAAACUUAGCACAAGCACCUCUACUGUGACACUCACUGCCAACGAUGGCUAUCACAUCUUCAAUUUGGAUGGGCCUACACAGUUUCCUCUUCUUGCUGGACCACCAGGGCAAAAAGGAGAAAAAGGAAAUAUUGGCUUACUAGGACCACCUGGCCCUCUUGGGAAACCUGGACCUCCUGGCAAGCGUGGACCUCGGGGUCCCCCAGGUCCUCAUGGGAACCCAGGACGCCCUGGUCCUCUUGGCCCAAAGGGUCAAAAGGGCGACCCAGGGCUUUCACAUGGAAAAGCACCUAAUGGAGAGAAGGGAGAGAUGGGUCCUUUGGGACUUAAAGGACUUCCUGGUCUACAAGGCCGAAAGGGACAGAAAGGCUACCCUGGGCCACCAGGACAUCCAGGAGACCAGGGAGAGCGAGGCCCAGAUGGAAAUCCGGGUGCCAAAGGUUAUCCUGGCAGGCAGGGUUUACCUGGACCAGUAGGUGUAGCUGGACCAAAAGGAACGCGGGGAUUUAUUGGACCUCCAGGUUUGUUUGGAUGGCCAGGACCUGAUGGAGAGCGUGGAAUACCAGGAGUUCCAGGGAAGAGGGGCAAGAUGGGUAGGCCGGGUUUUCCGGGUGACUUUGGAGAAAGAGGACCCCCAGGACCAGAUGGCAAUCCAGGAGAAUUGGGAGCCCCAGGUCCACCCGGAGUUCCUGGCCUUGUUGGUGACUUGGGCCCUGUAGGAUUAAUGGGCCUUCCUGGACUCAAAGGACAAAAGGGUCUGAUGGGAAACCCCGGAGAACCAGGACUGAAAGGGUAAUCAAGGACUGCCAGGUGCACCAGGAGAAAGUGGUUUCCAAGGGGACCGGGUAAG